UUAGAGAUUUUAAUUUACGAUCACAAAACUCAGAACUCAGUACUCACGACUCAGAAGUGCAGAUUUGUGGCUUUCCCUUCACUUCGUCACUCUCGCAUUGGACAAAUAUAGAAACCCCUUAUAGAGAACUCGUCCAUUUCCCAGAUUCCCCCCUUCAAGAACCGCUGAAAUUGCGAAAAUGGAUCACUUCUUGGCUUCUGUUUCCCUCUGCUUCUCCCUUGCGGUGUCGUUUUUGUCCUGUCGUGGCCUUGCGGAAGUGGUAACGUGUUCGGGGAUAGUGCCGAUGAGGUCCAGAGACAACAGUAUAUCGAUAACUGAAUUUGGGGGUGUCGGUGACGGUAACACCUUGAACACCAAGGCGUUUAGGGAGGCGAUAGAACGGAUUCGGAGUUCUGGGACGGGAGGCGGCACGCGUCUUUACAUACCGCCAGGGGUGUACUUAACGGAGAGCUUUAACUUGACCAGUCACAUGACUCUCUAUUUGGCUAAUGGUGCUGUUAUCAAAGCAACGCAGGAUACUCAGGAUUGGCCUCUAAUCGCUCCUUUGCCUUCUUAUGGGAUGGGGAGAGAGCUCCCUGGUGGCCGGUAUAUAAGUUUUAUCCAGGGAGAUGGGCUAAUUGAUGUUAUCAUCACUGGUGAGAAUGGGACAAUUGAUGGCCAGGGAGAUGUCUGGUGGAACAUGUGGAGGCGAAGAACUCUCCAACAUACAAGACCACAUCUCAUUGAAUUCAAGGAUUCGAGUAACAUAGUUAUUGACAAUGUGACUUUCAAAAAUUCUCCUUUCUGGAACAUUCACCCUGUUUAUUGCAGCAACGUUGUCAUCAGAUAUACAACCAUUUUGGCCCCAUCUGACUCUCCCAAUACUGAUGGAAUUGAUCCGGAUUCAAGCUCUAAUGUCUGCAUAGAGGACUCGUACAUUUCUACUGGAGACGAUAUGGUAGCUGUGAAGAGUGGGUGGGAUGAAUAUGGGAUUGCUUAUGGUCGUCGUAGCUCCAACAUCACCAUCCGGAGGUUAAGUGGUUCAUCCCCAUUUGCCGGAAUUGCAAUUGGAAGUGAAACUUCUGGUGGGAUAGAGAAUGUUUUGGCCGAAAAUAUAAGCCUCUACAAUAUGGGCGUUGGCAUUCACGUGAAGACGAACAUCGGCAGAGGAGCAUUCAUAAAAGACAUCACUGUCUCUGAUGUACACAUGGAGAGUGUAAGGAUGGGGAUAAAGAUCGCAGGUGAUGUCGGCGGGCACCCUGACAAUAAGUUCAACCCAACAGCUCUCCCAAUUGUUAAUGGCAUUAUUCUGAAGAGUUUUUCAGGUGUAAAUGUUCUACAACCGGGUUUGAUUAAAGGCCUGAAGAAUUCCAUUUUUACUGGAAUACAUCUCUCUAACAUCAACCUUCAGAUCAAAACUGGCUCAAAAUCUGGGGAUUGGAAGUGCUCUGAUGUAAAUGGGACUGCCCUCCGGGUUAGUCCGCAGCCAUGCUUGGAACUUACCUCCACCUCACAAACCAGUAAAUUUACAGAGUAAGUAUUUCGAAGAUUACUUUGUUUACACUACACCUAUCUCUAAAUUAAGUCAUUGACUGAUUGAUCACAUAGUAUUUCCACAUUAUGUGAAAUUUAUUUGCUUCACAAUCAUAUUCUUCUUGCCCUCACACACACCUUUCAAUGCAAUUGCAGAGGAUUCAUAGAGAGGGAUGUUUACAACUGCAUAUAUCAUAUAUAUAAAGGAGUACAGGUACAAACGCAAAUAAAACGUGUAAAUUAUUUAUUUACAAAAACAUUACCUAGCACACCUAUAAUAGUCAGAAUCACGAGUAGUUCGAUUGACAAAUUGGACCGGAUGUAAUCCCGAACCCGAGUUCGAGCCCCAUCCCCUCCCCCAUUUCAAAAAG